AUGGAAGACAAGUCGUCCGCGGCCAAGAGGAAGCUCCAUAGAGCUGGAGCAAUUCUCAAAAUGCAUGGCUUGAGCGGAACUGACAUCAAGCUCAAAGACGCCGACGCAGUUUCCGACGCUCGCCUCACUGGGAAAAAGAGAGUGCGGACGGGACAGCGACAGCUUCCGAGAAAAUUGCUCACAUCGAAAAGGCAGAUCGGUGGAAAUGCCCUUGCUCUUGCACAGGAAACACGUCCCAUGAUUUCGAAGGCCGGCGAGCUCGAAAAGCGCAAAGCUAUUGCUCAAGCAGAAACUACAAAAGCUGAACAUCAUAGCGGACAGUACGAGACUACUAGGUCAAGCAAUGUCAAGGCCGAUAAAAACCUCACCCCAGCUGCCGGUCCCAAUAUCGAAAGAUCUACUCUGUACCUCAUCAAAGCGUCACCCGGCAAAGGGCUUGGGAUGUUCGCUGCCAAAGACAUUCGAAAAGGCACACGUAUACUUGCAGAAAAACCCUUUUUCUCUUUGACCGAAAGACCUGUGGUAUCUUGGUCCGAUCCAUACGCACCAAAUGAUAUCUUCGAAGCGUUCGACAGCCUUCCAGCCAGUGAAAAGUUCAAAUUCAUGGGUUUGCAUUGCCCCGAAAGACCUGACUGCAGCCUCCGUUUCAGCAUAUAUGAAGCUAAUUGCUUCGAGAUGGGAUCGGGUACUUGCAUUUGCCUAGACGCAGCUAGGAUCAAUCACUCCUGCAUACCGAAUGCCCACUACUCGUGGAAUAGCAGCAUCGAACGGGAAACGGUGCAUGCUGUGAAGGACAUUUCCAAGGGCGAAGAGAUCACUGUUAGCUAUUGCUCCGCGAUUCGCACGCUUCAGGAACGGAAACGCGAGCUCAAGCCGUACGUCUUCACUUGCCGUUGCCCUGCUUGCCAAACCGACACCGAUUUUGGCAUUCGUAGCCAAGUUCGCCGCCAACAGAUGCAAGAUCUCGAUCACGAGAUCGCAGACUAUCAAAAUGACCCGCCAGCUGCGAGAGCAGAAUACGGUCACUGCGAUGAACGGUCUGCGAUCCUGGAACUUGUCAACUUGAUCAACCAAGAAGGACUGGUUUAUGAGACAUCACUGGCAUAUCAUGAUGCGGCAAAGUGUGCUUUGAAGCGGGGUUUGAGGAAGAAGGCCUUGAAAUACGCGAGCAAAAAGCUCGACGUGGACUUGUGUUGUGUUGGAAGAGACUCACCUUUUUAUAAGGAGACGAUGGCUUUCUUCCUAAGAAUCUAA